GCCAGCGUGUUUAACGCCUUCGGACGUAUAGUCUGGGGUCAAGUGCUCGACAAGACGUCGUUCAAGACGUCGUUUAUCGCUGUUUGCGCUCUUCUCACGGGACUUAUACUCACAUUCAUAACCACCCAAUCGUUUAACAGUAAACUUCUGUACUUCAUGUGGGUUUCGGCCAUAUUUUUCUCGUUUUCCGGGAUUUUUGUCAUCUUUCCAACAGCCACUGCACAGGUGUUCGGCAAAACAAACGCCGGUACUAUUUAUGGGCUUUUAUUCACUGCACCGGCCCUGUCCUCACUAAUAGGCGCCCUAUUGUUCCAAAUCAUUCAGCACGAGUUGGGAUGGUUUGGAUCAUUCUUUAUGGUCGCAGUGCUCACUGUUUUA